GCGGUAUAAAGGCAGGGAGACGGAGGGACGAGAGCAAGGCGCACUCGGGCGACGCAGCAUGAAGUGUCUGGUGGUAGCAGCGCUGGCGGUAGUAGCCGUGGGCUCACCUGUACCAGACAAUUGUCUCGUGCCAUGUGGAACUGUCGGGCAAACUUACGUGGCCUUGCCACUCCAGUACCAGGCAAGCUAUGCAGUUGGUGCUGGCCCAGUAGCGCCAACUCCUGAAGUCCAGCAAGCUACUGCAGCUUUCAUGGCUGCCUGGAAUGCUGCUGCCGCUCGAGCAAAUACCAUCACAUCGACGCUAUUGACGCCAUCAGGAUACGUUCAAAAUCCUGCACAAGUCCAGACAGCCUGUGCACAGUUCUUGGCAGCAUGGAAUCAAGCUGCUACACGUGCAGCAACUGUCCAGCAUGCAGUCUACUCUCUUCCACAACCAGUUCAGCAAACUGAAGAAGUUAGAAAAGCUACUGAGGAGUUCAUGGCCGCAUGGAGGGCUGCUGCUCAGCGAGUUUCAACUAUUCAGCAAGCAAUCACUGUUUCGGCUGAUCCUUAUUCCUCUGCACCUAAACCGGUAGAGGCUACUGAAGAGGUCAAAAGGGCUACAGCUGAAUUCAUGGAAGCUUGGAACAAGGCUGCAGCAAGAGUGCCAUCUAUUCAAACCACCAUGUACCAGCUCUCAGGAACAACACCAUCUGCUACCCCUGCUCAACCAGCUGGAUCUACACCACAAUUUGCUCCAUCAGUGGAACAAGCUACUGCUGAAUUCAUGAAGGCAUGGAAUGCUGCUGCUGCUGCCGCUGCAGCUGCUCCUGAUGUCAAUAUCAUCAUGGGUGCUAGCUCUCUUCCUCGGACUCCUGCUCAGGCUGUUGUAUACCAAGCACACUCUGUUGGUGCCCCCUCUGCUCCUUCCUCUUUCGCUCCAGCUGCCCCUCCUGUUCCCUCACAUGGAGCUCCCCGCCCAGUUGAACCUACUCCUGAAGUUCAGAGAGCUACUGCAGAAUUCAUGGCUGCAUGGAAUAAGGCUGCUGCACGAGCAACCAAGAUUCAGUCAGUCUUAGUCAAGUCUGGAACUCCUGGUCAUUACAACAUUCAAGUUCCUCAGCAGGUUCAAGCUACCAGGGAAGUACAAAAGGCUACAGCUGAAUUCAUGGCUGCAUGGAAUGAAGCUGCACGUCAAGCAACUACUGUUCAGCAUGCUAUGUAUUCAGUACCUCAGCCAGUCCAGCCAACUGAAGAAGUUCGACGAGCUACUGCUGAGUUCAUGGCUGCAUGGGAAGCUGCUGCACAGAGAGCAUCUGCUAUCAGACAAGCCGUGAGUGUGACUGCUGAUCCUUAUUCUGCUGCACCAAAACAGGUAGAGGCUACAGAGGAAGUGAAGAGAGCCACAGCUGAAUUCAUGGAUGCUUGGAAUAAGGCUGCAGCUAGAGUAGGAGCCAUUCAGACUACUGUUUACCAAGUAGCAGGUACUGUACCAGCUGCUGGUCCCGCUCAGCUUUCUGGUUCUGCUCCUCGCUUCACUCCUGCUGUUGAGCAGGCUACUGCUGAAUUCAUGAAGGCAUGGAAUGCUGCUGCUGCUGCCGCUGCAGCUGCUCCUGAUGUCAAUAUCAUCAUGGGUGCUAGCUCUCUUCCUCGGACUCCUGCUCAAGCUGUUGUAUACCAAGCACACUCUGUUGGUACUUACUCUGCUCCUUCCUCUUUCACUCCAGCUGCCCCUCCUGUUCCCUCACAUGGAGCUCCCCGCCCAGUUGAACCUACUCCUGAAGUUCAGAGAGCUACUGCAGAAUUCAUGGCUGCAUGGAAUAAGGCUGCUGCACGAGCAACCAAGAUUCAGUCAGUCUUAGUCAAGUCUGGAACUCCUGGUCAUUACAACAUUCAAGUUCCUCAGCAGGUUCAAGCUACCAGGGAAGUGCAAAAGGCUACAGCUGAAUUCAUGGCUGCAUGGAAUGAAGCUGCACGUCAAGCAACUACUGUUCAGCAUGCUAUGUAUUCAGUACCUCAGCCAGUCCAGCCAACUGAAGAAGUUCGACGAGCUACUGCUGAGUUCAUGGCUUCUUGGGAAGCUGCUGCUCAAAGAGCAUCUGCUAUCAGACAAGCCGUGAGUGUGACUGCUGAUCCUUAUUCUGCUGCACCAAAACAGGUAGAGGCUACAGAAGAAGUGAAGAGAGCCACAGCUGAAUUCAUGGAUGCUUGGAAUAAGGCUGCAGCUAGAGUAGGAGCCAUUCAGACUACUGUUUACCAAGUAGCAGGUACUGUACCAGCUGCUGGUCCCGCUCAGCUUUCUGGUUCUGCUCCUCGCUUUACUCCAUCAGUGGAACAAGCAACUGCUGAAUUCAUGAAGGUAUGGAAUGCUGCUGCUGCUGCCGCUGCAGCUGCUCCUGAUGUCAAUAUCAUCAUGGGUGCUAGCUCUCUUCCUCGGACUCCUGCUCAGGCUGUUGUAUACCAAGCACACUCUGUUGGUACCCCCUCUGCUCCUUCCUCUUUCACUCCAGCUGCCCCUCCUGUUCCCUCACAUGGAGCUCCCCGCCCAGUUGAACCUACUCCUGAAGUUCAGAGAGCUACUGCAGAAUUCAUGGCUGCAUGGAAUAAGGCUGCUGCACGAGCAACCAAGAUUCAGUCAGUCUUAGUCAAGUCUGGAACUCCUGGUCAUUACAACAUUCAAGUUCCUCAGCAGGUUCAAGCUACCAGGGAAGUGCAAAAGGCUACAGCUGAAUUCAUGGCUGCAUGGAAUGAAGCUGCACGUCGAGCAACUACUGUUCAGCAUGCUAUGUAUUCAGUACCUCAGCCAGUCCAGCCAACUGAAGAAGUUCGACGAGCUACUGCUGAGUUCAUGGCUGCAUGGGAAGCUGCUGCACAGAGAGCAUCUGCUAUCAGACAAGCCGUGAGUGUGACUGCUGAUCCUUAUUCUGCUGCACCAAAACAGGUAGAGGCUACAGAGGAAGUGAAGAGAGCCACAGCUGAAUUCAUGGAUGCUUGGAAUAAGGCUGCAGCUAGAGUAGGAGCCAUUCAGACUACUGUUUACCAAGUAGCAGGUACUGUACCAGCUGCUGGUCCUGCUCAGCUUUCUGGUUCUGCUCCCCGCUUCACUCCUCAGUGGAACAAGCUACUGCUGAAUUCAUGAAGGCAUGGAAUGCUGCUGCUGCUGCCGCUGCAGCUGCUCCUGAUGUCAAUAUCAUCAUGGGUGCUGGUUCCCGACCUCAGGCUCCUUCCCACUCUUUUACCUACUCAGCACCCACCUCUGCUGUGCAUACUUAUGGU